GCCCCAGUGAUCAGGGCAGGACCACCCUGUGUGGGACUCAAGGCGGUUAGAGCCCUUUAACCCCUUCUAUGCCUGCCUUGGCCAGAGUGUGGGGUGAAGGCUGUGGGGAAAGGGGCCAAAGACCCUGUUUCCUCCCCUUACCCUCCCACCCUAGGUCUCAGGAGGGCUCUGGGCAGCCUGCCGCUGACUGAAUCAUUUCUAUAUUUGGCCAGGGAGCCACGUGGGUGGGAGAACCACUCCACUGCGGCUGCACUUCUGACAGCUGGGGUGGGGAAGCAGGGUGCAGAGGCUGUGGGUGGGCAGUGCAUUCCUGGGAGAAAGGGUGAGUAAGCUGAGAAGGGGCGUGCGCUAACACCUCCCUUUCCUUCCCCCCCACCCCUCCCUGGGCGCCCCUCUCUACUCUGCUGGUCGUCACAGCAGUUUCUUUCCCCACAGACCACUACCCUCCAGAAACCAUGGGUGUCACUCGACCCAGCUGGGACUCUGCCAGGCUCCGGUGCUCAGCCUAAGCAAAGGGCCUUCUUCCAGCCCUCCUCUGCCUGUCUGCCAUGGCCACAGUCUGCUGUUGCCCGCCUGCCUGGGGACACAGGGCACCCAGCCCCAGCCCUGAGGGGCCAAGCCAGGUUCUCUGGCUCCAUUCCACAGGGGCACUCCAGGCACCUGGCCCCUUCCAGAGCAAGAGCAACUGAGGCCAUGGGAAAAGCCCUGGCUCACCUGUCCACUCGCCUGGCACUGCCCGAUCUGAGGCCCGUGCACUGGGUCCACCUGGAGGUGCCCACCCUGUGAACCCCUCCCCUGUCCCCCACGCUGAGAAGGCCCUGCUCACCCCCACCAUGUGUGAAGUGAUGCCCACGAUCAACGAGGGGGACCCUCUGGGGCCCCCACAUGGCGCCGAUGCUGAGGCCAACUUUGAGCAGCUGAUGGUGAACAUGCUGGAUGAGCGGGAGAAGUUGCUAGAGUCCCUUCGCGAGAGUCAGGAGACCUUGGCAGCCACGCAGGGUCGGCUCCAGGAUGCCCUUCAUGAGCGGGACCAGCUGCAGCGCCAUCUGAACUCUGCCCUCCCCCAGGAAUUUGCCACCUUAACCCGGGAGCUGAGCAUGUGUCGGGAGCAGCUCCUAGAGCGGGAGGAAGAGAUAUCGGAGCUGAAAGCGGAGAGAAACAACACGAGACUGCUUCUGGAACACCUGGAGUGCCUGGUGUCUCGCCACGAGCGGUCACUGCGGAUGACGGUGGUGAAGCGCCAGGCCCAGUCGCCCUCAGGGGUCUCCAGUGAGGUGGAGGUGCUGAAGGCCCUCAAGUCGCUGUUUGAGCACCACAAGGCCCUGGAUGAGAAGGUGCGAGAGCGGCUCCGGGCGGCCCUGGAGCGAGUCACCACCUUGGAGGAGCAGCUGGCAGGUGCCCACCAGCAGGUGUCUGCCUUGCAGCAGGGGGCAGGGGUUCAGGAUGGAGUGGCCGAAGAGGAGGGGACUGUGGAGCUGGGACUGAAACGCCUGUGGAAGGAUGACGCAGGCCGGCUGGAGGAGCUGCAGGAGCUGCUGGAGAAGCAGAACUUUGAGCUGAGCCAGGCCCGGGAGCGGCUGGUCACCCUGACAGCAGCUGUGGCUGAGCUGGAGGAGGACCUGGGCACGGCCCGCCGGGACCUUAUCAAGUCGGAGGAGCUGAGCGGCAGGCAUCAGCGGGACCUGCGGGAGGCUCUGGCCCAGAAGGAGGACAUGGAGGAACGAAUCACCACCCUGGAGAAGCGGUACCUGGCUGCUCAGCGUGAGGCCACGUCCAUCCACGACCUGAACGACAAGCUGGAGAGUGAGCUGGCCAAUAAGGAGUCCCUGCACCGCCAGUGUGAGGAGAAGGCUCGACACCUGCAGGAGCUGCUGGAGGUUGCGGAGCAGAAGCUGCAGCAGACCCUGCAGAAGGCGGAGACACUUCCGGAGGUGGAGGCCGAGCUGGCCCAGAGAAUCGCAGCCCUCACCAAGGCUGAGGAACGGCAUGGAAACAUUGAGGAGCACCUGCGGCAGCUAGAGGGCCAGCUGGAGGAGAAGAACCAGGAGCUGGCAAGGGUGCGCCAGCGGGAGAAGAUGAAUGAGGAACACAACAAGAGGCUGUCAGACACUGUGGACCGGCUGCUUAGCGAGUCCAAUGAGCGCCUGCAGCUCCACCUCAAGGAGCGCAUGGCGGCCCUGGAGGAAAAGAACACGCUGAUCCAGGAGCUGGAGAGCUCCCAGCGGCAGAUUGAGGAGCAGCACCAUCACAAGGGCCGCCUGUCCGAAGAGAUUGAGAAGCUGCGCCAAGAGGUGGACCAGCUGAAGGGUCGAGGGGGGCCGUUUGUGGAUGGCAUCCACUCCAGGCCACACGCGGGCAGCACAGUGGACCUGCGGUUCUCCCUGAACACCACUGCUGCCGCUCUGGGUGGGUGUCCGAUGGCUCUUCCUCUUCCCUCCUUCUUUGCUAAGGACUGGGAGCCGUCUCCACUGCCUGGUGUGCGGGCCCCCACGGCCGCCCCUGCCUUCGACAGUGACCCUGAGGUCUCCGACGCGGAUGAGGGUGGGCCAGGGGGUCUGGUGGGCUCCAUGGAUGUCGUCUCCCCCAGCAGCCACUCCGACGCGCAAACCCUGGCCAUGAUGCUGCAGGAGCAGCUGGACGCUAUCAACGAGGAGAUCAGGAUGAUCCAGGAGGAGAAGGAAUCCACGGAGCUCCGUGCAGAAGAGAUUGAGACGCGAGUGACCAGCGGCAGCAUGGAGGCCCUCAACCUGACCCAGCCGCACAGACGUGGCCCCAUUCCCACCUCUCUGACUGCCCUGUCCUUGGCCAGCACGUCCCCUGCCUUCAGUGGCCGCUCCACACUGAAGUUUACCUCGCGCAGUGCUGCCCAGGACCUGGACCGAAUGGGGGUCAUGACCCUGCCCAGUGACUUGCGGAAGCACCGGAGGAAGCUGCAGUCCCCAGUGUCUCGGGAACAGAACCGAGAGGAUAGAGCCGCCAUAAAAUGUGAGACUUCCCCUCCUUCCUCACCCAGGACGCUGCGGCGGGAGACGCUUGGCCACCCAGCCCUGAGCCAGGAGGACGGCAAGGGUGCCGUGGAGGACCAGGGCAGCAACCCCAGCAGCAGCAGCAGCAGCCAGGACUCCUUGCACAAGGGUGCCAAGCGCAGAGGCAUCAAGUCGUCCAUCGGCCGCUUGUUCGGGAAGAAAGAGAGGGGCCGGCUGACCCAGCUGAGCCGCGAUGGAGCCACGGGCCAUGUUCUGCUAACAGACUCCGAGCUCGGGCUGCAGGAGCCCUUGGUGCCUGCCAAGCUGGGGACCCAGGCAGAGAAGGACCGGCGGCUGAGGAAGAAACAUCAGCUGCUUGAAGAUGCCCGAAGAAAAGGGAUGCCCUUUGCCCAGUGGGACGGCCCUACCGUGGUCUCCUGGCUGGAGCUCUGGGUAGGGAUGCCUGCCUGGUAUGUGGCGGCCUGCCGGGCCAACGUCAAGAGUGGGGCCAUCAUGUCAGCCCUGUCGGACACGGAGAUCCAGCGGGAGAUCGGCAUCAGCAACGCCCUGCACCGGCUCAAGCUGCGGCUGGCCAUCCAGGAGAUGGUAUCGCUGACCAGCCCCUCUGCCCCGCCCACCUCCAGGACUUCGUCCGGGAACGUCUGGGUCACCCAUGAAGAGAUGGAAACUCUGGCAACAUCCACUAAAACAGACAGUGAGGAGGGCAGCUGGGCUCAGACUCUGGCCUACGGGGACAUGAACCACGAGUGGAUCGGGAACGAGUGGCUGCCCAGCCUGGGGCUGCCCCAGUACCGCAGCUACUUCAUGGAGUGCCUGGUGGAUGCGCGCAUGCUGGACCACCUGACCAAGAAGGACCUGCGGGUGCACCUGAAGAUGGUGGACAGCUUCCACCGAACCAGCCUUCAGUACGGCAUCAUGUGUCUGAAGAGGCUCAAUUACGACCGGAAGGAGCUGGAGAAGAGGCGGGAGGAAAGCCAGCACGAGAUCAGGGACGUGCUGGUCUGGACCAACGAGCAGGUGGUGCACUGGGUGCAGUCCAUCGGGCUUCGGGACUAUGCAGGGAACCUGCAGGAGAGCGGUGUGCAUGGCGCCCUGCUGGCCCUGGACGAGAACUUUGACCACAACACGCUGGCCCUGGUCCUGCAGAUCCCCACACAGAACACCCAGGCACGCCAGGUGAUGGAGAGAGAGUUCAACAACCUGCUGGCCUUGGGCACAGACCGGAAGCUGGAUGAUGGGGAGGACAAGGUGUUCCGCCGUGCACCCUCCUGGAGGAAGCGCUUCCGGCCGCGGGACCUCUCGGGGGGCAUGCUCAGCGUGUCCACCCUGGGGUCCCUGCAGCCUCCACCAGCCCCUCCGAAGAAGAUCGCGCCUGAAGCUCACUCCCACUAUCUCUAUGGACACAUGCUCUCUGCCUUCCGGGACUAGCCAGGCCCCAGGGUUCCACAGGCUCCCGCCAGCCCGGACCCCUCCUGCUCAACCCCUUCCUCCCAUGGCUCCCAGCCUCCUCGGUGACUCUCCAGUUUUCCUGGAUCUCAGAAUAUAUUUGCCCACCCACUUGGGAGUCCACUCCCCCAGUCCCCCACAUAUUCUUUGUCGUUUCCUGUGGAUGUGGCUGGUCCUCCUGCAGUUGUGCAGAUUCUGCAGGAGGCAGAAGACGGAGCCCUGGCGGGUGUGACUUCACCUCCUUCCUGGUCCUGGCCUGGUCUGGACUUUGACCUCCGACCUCCAUGGGAGACCGGGACACUGCCCAGGGCUGGGACAGCCUUGGCAAGAAAAGGGCACUUCGGACCCUGCCGAGUUUGGGCUGUUUGGCCUUCUGGUCCCUGUCCCUGUCCUGGCUGUGCCCAAAUGGCUGGACAUCUGUGGCUUCUGCCUCCAGGAUGACCUGCGGGCUGAAGGGCUGCAGAAGGCCUGUCCUCCUGGGAUGGUGAGGAUGGGAGGAGGUCCCAGGCCCUGGCUUAAGCUGAAUUCCAAGUGUGAAAUUGAGAAGAAUCUGAGAGAAAUGGGCCCCUGAGGUUUGGGCCAAGGGUCCAGUGGGGAAACUCUCAGCCCCCCACUCAGUGAGGUGCAGGCUGGCCAGCGGGAGAAGAGCCAGAGAUCUGUGUUGGCCUCUCCCCUAAAGGGCGUGGGGAUGCUUCUGGCCUAGUGUGGGAUGGAGCUGCUGCUGGUCUGAGGGGAUGGAGUCUGUGGCCCUUAGCUCUGGGCAGAACAGAGCUAAGCAACCAGGCACUGCCAGCUCUGCUCCCUGCACCCUGCCCCCUUGGCCCAUUCUGUAGUAAUUCCAGCCUGUAGCAGUGCUCCUGAUGGUGGGUUGAAUAUUCAUUGACCUCAGUAUCAGGUUUGGUAGAAAGGUCACUCCCCGGAAACCCUCUUCCUCACCCAUUCCUCACGCUGCCGAGGUGCCUGACAGUACUUGGGACUGGAGUUCAGGAACCCAGGGCUUCAUCCAAGUGAGAGUGGAGGCAGGUGUGUGCAGGGGCCACACUUCCCUGAAGGUGUCUGAGUGGCUGAUUUGUAACCUUAUAGACCUGGGUUUGAGUGAGGCUGGGCUAGCCGGUGGGGCAGUGCCAGGGCUCAGUGCCUGGGCCACCUCUCAGCAGAGGAGAGGUCCCCGUGCUGGGCUGGGUGGCUCCCCACAUGCCCUGCCCUCCCUGUGCAUCAGCCACUGCAGAGAUGAGUGGGAUGGGGAGAGAAAGCCCCUGUCCCUGGGUGAUGGACAUGAGGUAAUGGAGAAACCCCACACCCCUAGGUUGGUGGAAUUGGGGACCACAAGGCCAUAUUACUCUGUCAGGGGACCUGAUGGGCUAGUAAGCAGCAGCUGGUGGGACGCAGGUCCCUUCAGGGCAUCUUGGAAUAUUUCAGGGAGGUGAUGAAGGAGAGAGACCUCUGGUCAGUGACGGGAGGCUGUUGUCUGUUGACCAGACUAGACCACUGCCUUGGUCAGUCUAUGUAUUUGCAGAGUCACCAGUGGCCUGAACCCCUCACCAGCCUCCUGUGUCUUAUCAGGCCCCUGCUCAGAGCUGUGCGGGCUCAGGGCAUCAGGAGGGUGUGUGUGCGUGUGUGUGCGUGUAUGUGUGUGUGCGCGCGCGCCCG